UCAUUCGCCAGGCGUUACUACGGCUCGCUGUCACACGCGCCAGGUGUUAGCACGCAAGUGGAUUUGUAAGUACUGUACGUUAUCGUUUCUUUCGUGAUUGUAUGGCUCAACAACAGGAGGAGGGACAGCAAGCAGUCCAGCAGGCUCAGCUCCUACAACGUGUAGUAUCUGUUCCAGAGAAAUUUGAGGAUGGAGAUGUUGAGAUGUGGGUGGAGCGUUUCGAUCUUACUGCGACGGCAAAUGGUUGGGACGCUGACAUGAAACUACGGUUGUUACCGACUCUUCUGAAGGGAAGGGCGUAUGCUGUCUAUCGACAGAUGACGGCGGAGCAGAAAGGAAACUAUGCGGAGCUUACGACCCAUCUCAAGCGCGUGUUUUCGCCUACUACGAUUGAGAGUCGUCGUCUCGCACGUCGACAAUUUAUGUCUCGCUGUUGGAAGUCGUCUGAGGCACUGGAGGUGUAUGCGCAAGAUUUGGAGACUCUUUUGACGAAGGCGAUGCCGAAUUUGGCAGCAGAGCUGCGUGACCAGCAGUUGAUGGAUCGCUUCGUCGAAGGUUUGAUCGACAACGCACCGUCCGUUGCCGGUGAGUUGGACCUACACCCUGAGGCGAGUUUUCAGGCGGCGGUGAUCAGAGCACGCGAAUUGAUGUUGUUAGAGCGGAGGAAACUCGGAAAGCGGACGGAUGGUCAAGUUCGAGCGAUUGCAGAUCAUGCGAGUAUUGAUGUGAGCUUGGCGGAACGGCUGGAUCGGAUUGAGCAAGCGUUGCAGUCGGUGAGUGUAGUCGGUGCGUCCGUCACUCCAGAUUCCAAGCGUGUAGUUCCCAUGCGGCAGCAGCAACAAAAGGCGGGACGUCGCUGUUUUGCUUGUGGUGACGAAGGACAUCUCCGCAGCAAUUGUAAACAAGUUACAAUCGGACCAUGUUUUGUUUGCAAUGAGACUGGGCACUUAGCUCGUGAUUGCCCUCAACGGAUGCAGCAAUCAGCAGCAGGACGAAGAUUCACGUUGCCUCAUCAAUCAGAGGGUAGAAGUCAGUCUACAGCAGUAGGUGUUGUGAGAGGGCGUGGUCAACGUAGUCAAGUGAAUGUUGUUGCAGGUGUAACGGAGACGUCAUUGAUGCUCAAUCUUGAGCUAAACCACAACAAUGCUUCUUGCUUAGUAGACACAGGAGCAGUAGUCUCUAUUGUUCCUGACCACAUGGUAGACCAAACAGCAACGUCAUCUUUUCCUUCAGGUCAAGAACUCAAGUUGACAACAGUAACAGGAGAUCCAUUGGAAGUGAUUGGACAAGUGAGCAUAGAGGUGAAAAUAGGCCACUGGCAUACCAUGCACAAGUUUGUUGUGGUACAAUUUGACACUUGUCCCAUAAUUGGGUCAGAUUUUCUGCUAGACCAUGGAAUGAUCCUGGAUUUGGCUCAAAAACGCUUAGAGUGGAGCGGAGGUGUAGCUGAGCUUUCCACACCACUACGACGAUCAAAAUUUAGUGUGGUGCUGGAUGAACACUUGGAGGGAGCAGGAGAACGAAUAAUUGCUAAAGCUAAAGUUGUUCAUGAAGGAACUGGCAGUGUAGAGCCUGGAACUUGGCUAAUGGAGCCAGAUACCCUAUUUAUUGAGAGAACAGGAGUACAUGUUGCUCGAGGUUUAGUAGAAGUGAAGCAACAGGGUGAUGAAACCAUACCAGUUGAACUAUUAAUCCUGGAUGGCCCAAGACGAUUGUGGAAGGGCACAAGGCAGGCGAACUGUGCGAUGUUGAUGUGA